CUAAAAAAAACACAACUCAAACAACCUAAAAAUAAAAACUCUUUCUCUCAAAUGUGUGAAGCACCUAAAAACGCAUACCAACUGUUCGAAGAAAUUGGCCGCGGACGCUUCGGCACCAUCGUCCGAGCCUUCAGCCCAGUUCUUGACGACUUCGUCGCCUGUAAGAUCAUCGACAAAAGGGUUCUCGCCGAUGACACUGACAGAGCUUGUCUCGAGAAGGAGCCAAAGAUCAUGACCCUUUUGGCUUCUCAUCCCAACAUUCUCCAAAUCUUUGAUGUCUUUGAAAACGAAGAUUUUCUCACUGUCGUCCUCGAGCUCUGCGAAUCCGCUACUCUCUACGACCGCAUCGUCGGCCGGACUCUUUCCGAGUCUGAAUCUGCUUCUUUGAUCAAGCAGCUUCUCGAAGCUUUGGCUCAUUGUCACCGUCUCGGCGUUGUUCACAGAGACCUUAAGCCGGAGAACGUUCUGUUCGACUCCAUGGGGAACCUCAAGCUCGCUGAUUUCGGCUCCGCUGAGUGGCUUAACGAGGACGGUUUGAUCGAAGGAGUGGUGGGUACGCCGUACUAUGUGGCGCCGGAGGUUCUUUUGGGCAGAGAGUACAACGAGAAGGCCGAUGUGUGGAGUGCCGGCGUUAUUCUGUACAUUAUGUUGGCUGGGAUUCCGCCGUUUCACGGCGAGUCCGCCACCGAGAUUUUCCAGUCUGUUUUGAGGGGAAACUUGAGAUUUCCGACUAGACUUUUCCGAUCGGUUUCUCCAUCGGCUAAGGAUUUGUUGAGAAAAAUGAUCUGUAAGGAUGCCUCCCGAAGAUUAACAGCAGAACAAGCACUUAGACACCCAUGGAUUCUAAGUGGAGGAGAGACAAAUUCAAUGGACUGAUAUGAAGACAAAAGAAGAGGGUUUUUACUUCCCAACUCAACAAGAAAAAGCCAGUUAGUAUCAUUGUACAUACAUAAAUGCCGUGCUAUGCCAUACCAGGCUAUAGUAGCCUUCGUAUGGCGACCAAUAAAAAGAUUCCCACUUUUUCUUUGCCAAAACCACAGGGAAGAACAUCAUGGAUGGUUCCAAAAACAUCCCCAAUUUUCUACUCAAGAUCAGAAUCAGAGUUCGAUGAGAAGUUACACAUGAGGCUCUUUCCAAAGGUUUUUUUUUUUACUUUUUCUGUCUUUCUUUUGUUUAACUCGAGAAAAUCUGAGACUGUAGAUAUACUACUGUACGUAUGUAUGUAGAGAGAGUGAGAAUCUUGGUCUUUCCCCGCCUGUUCUUUUUUUUGGGGGGUUAUAGAAAAAGAUGAGGAAGGUGAGAGAGGAAAAGUUUCGGUCGCUGCUAUUAUAUGAUGCUGUAACUUUGGUUUUCUUUUUUUGAGUAUAAUAGUCUUGUUCUGUAAAUGAUCAAUCCUGAUAUAUGGAAGGGAUUUGCUUAGUUUAAGAAUCUUAA